GUUGGUGCAGUCGACGCAGAGGCUGCGACCGACACCGGUGGAACCGGUGGCUUUGGAAACACAAAGGACAACACGAGCAGCAACAACACGGCGGUAGGGUCUGUGUUUGAGGGCACGAAGCGAAUUGCAAGGUGGAGCGAUGAGGAUGUGAUUUUCACAGUGGGUGAUAGCAUUGUUUCGGCUGUUGGGCCGGAGCAGCUAGGAUGCAGGCAUCUUCUUGUUGACAGUGUUGCCAAGUUUGGGGACUUCAGUGCUGAAAUUGAUAGUUCCAAAGCCAAGCCGCUUUUCAGUAUGCAAGGAACUCCUUUGAAAGUGUACGGUAAGCAGUAUCCGCAGGUCAUGUGUGGACAGACUAGUGGGUCAGUCGAAAUGACAGUGACCGAUGCUGCUGAGAGCCUCGUCUCGGUUCACAGCCUGGUAGCCAAGGGACACAAGGUGGUCUUUAGCCCAGGAGGGUGUUACAUGGAGACGAGAGCGGGUGAUACCGUACCACUUCACGGGAAAAGAUUGUACCUGAAAGUCAUGGACAAGACCGAAAGCUCUACACCGGUGCGUGGGCGCAUAGCCUCAAUCGGUGACGAGCCAGACCGUGGACCUCGAGAGCCUGACAGGGUCAAAGACCUUCCAGUGCCGCUGGAGAGGAUUGAGAGCGGAAGGCUCACGAAGAUGAUCUUUGAGGACGAUGGUUCGCAGCGAGAAGACCGCAGCAUGUGGGAAGACAAGGAAGGAGCUGCUGCAGAGGAGCAGCCAAGCCACGAGGAUGAAUGGAUGCAAGGCCUUGACGAAGCCUACGAGGAGGAAGCAGCUGGAGGAGAAGAAGCUCAUGAGAGAAUCGUGGAAGAUGAUGAAGACGCCGAGGAGCGUUUGAUGAUUGACGACGAGAGUGGUGAAAAGAAACCAAAGGCUAUCAAGGCACCAAAGGAGCCAACAGCUGCAGAAGUGGAGGAGCACAACCUUCACCACGCCAACUUUGAAAGUUGGUGCCCUGGUUGUGUGAUGGGGCAAGGAAAGAGCAAGCAACACCGCAGAGUCAAAGAGGAUCCGAAGGAUCACAUCAUCUAUUCGGACUACAUGUUCUUUGCGAAAGAAGGAGCAGAAGUGAGCAAAGAGGACAGUGAAAAGAGGAAGGCCGGUUUGGUGACGGUGGUGACGGCGAUCUGCAAGGAAAGCCAAUACCCGCUUGCAUUGGUUUUGCCAUCCAAGGCCAGCGUGGACUACGCGAGCAAGGACCUCGAGUGGGACAAGGUGGUCAUUCAGUUUGACCAGAAAAGCGCCUUGAACAAGAUCUAUGACAAGGUGAAGGCAGGCAUGGGUGACACCAUAACCCUGCGGAGAUCACCGCGAUACAGCUCCCAGUCCUUAGCGGAUGGGGAGAUGGUCAAUGGUCUCAUCGCAGGAAAGGCGCGCACGUGGCUUGCUGAAGUUUCCGAGAAGUACAAAACGAAGAUCGUUUGCGACAGUGUGUUGUUUCCGUGGAUUAUGCGCCACAGUGCGUGGACGCUAGCAAUCCACAUCAACCACUCGAAAGCAACAGCUGUUAGGAUCGUGAACGGAUACGACUACUUAGGGGAGAUGAUGACUUUUGGUCAGGUGGCAAUGGCGAAGUAUCCCAAACAGAUGGACAAGUCUGCCCCGAGAUGGAUUCGGGGAGUGUAUGUGGGAAAGAAUGCUGUGGGAGACGAGCACCUGUUGCUCACAGAGGCAGGGGUGCAGACCUGCAGAACAGUGCGAAGGUCGCCAGAAAGUUCCCAGCACAGCAGCAAAGUUUUGGAAAAGGCCAGAGGAGUACCUUGGAACAGGUACUUCGGAAUCGCCACUAGCAGAGUGCAGCAGGAGAAAUUCGAGAACAAGGCUGUUGCAGUUCCCGAGUUGGAGGCGGCCGAGACCUACGACUUUGGGUCGAGUGGGGAGAAAGAGGUGGUGUUUGUGCCGACGCCGGCAGCACCAGCGCUUGAGAAGAGAGGAGAGAGAGCAACAGCGAGUGAACCAGGGAGCAAGAAAGCCAGGGUGGAACGUGCAGAGGCCCAGCAGCCCGCGGGUGACACCGCUGGACCUUCAGGUGGACCAGCGCGGUUCAAUAUCGCGACACCUGAUGCCAGCAUGGGAACAGGCAGUCAGGAUCUCAAUGACAGUCUCAACUCGCCUUCCAUUCCCGGAGACAUGGCGCAGGACAUGGUAUCCUGUAUCAGCAACGAUGGUGAGUGGAACGGGGCGAGCAGCUGCCUUGGAAAGGAAGACUACGAGUCCUACAAGAAGUGGUUGAAGCAGAACGAGGGACUGUUCAACUCCAACAUGGUUAGCAAUAUCAUGGACGACCUGGACACCAUGCAGAUGGACGAGAGAGAGCUCAACAGAGCAAGAAAGGAAGAGCUUAGAAAGCUCAACGAGGUUUACGGAGCUUUCACGCCGAGAGACCGGCGUCAGUUGUCAAAGGACUUGACUGUUGUCGGUCACAAGUGGGUCGACAAGGUGACAGAAGGAGUGGCGACGUCAAGACUCCCGUGCCAAGACUUCAAGAAGAAGCAGGAGGUGAACGAGAAGCACAGUUCGGAGUACCCUUCGAACUUUUGCCCAACGCCACACGCGACCUCGCGCAAGCUUUUAGAAGUUUACUCGUUGGCAACAAAGAUGCCAAGAGUGAAAGCCGACCUCAGUUCGGCAUUCCUGAUAGCCAGAGAUGGUGGGGACGCUCGUGGGCAGCCAGUGCUCAUGCGACCGCCAAACGAAUGGCCUGAAGAGUAUGACGAAUGGUUUGCGAAAGCCAGGCCUGAGAUCCAAGAGCAGAUGAGAGUGCCAAAGGAAGAAAUUCUACGAGGUGGAUGGAAACCUGUACGGCAGGCAGUCAGCAGCAGCCCAGUACAGAGAUAG